AUGAAUGGUGGUGGUUCCAUGCUCGAUGCUACUCCACCGACUCAUGGUCAACCCGGUCCGAACGGCAGUCUUUUGACGCCUGUACAGCACAAUGCGCGACGCAUCAGCAACGGCGAGUACCACGCAUCGAGUCGCAACAGAGAUACCUCGCCGCAAGUCAACGGCACUUCGCAAAACGCACCGCCAUCCCCACUUUCCCCAAGCUCAGACAAUUCACAAUGGAGCUCAGCUGUCGGAUACGCUGCCACGAGCGGAAAGUCUGGCCGCGUGAUCGAGAAGCUGAUGUCGGAAAACGACCGGUUGAAGAGGGAGCUCAAGGAGCAAAUCAUCAAGGGAGACGAGCUGCAGCGGAGCAUGCAGACGUUCCAGCCGCAAAUCAAUGCCUUGAAGGCGGAAAACGAAAACUUGAGUCACGCUAGGGACGUGGAUCAGACUUUACUCACUCGGCGUGAUCGACAAAUUAAGGAUCUGAAGGAGGACCUCAACAUUGAGCGGAAGAAGAGGGAGAAUCUGGAUGCAAGACUGUCUGGAUUGCAGAGUGAGCGUGAUGAGGCAGUCAUGGACAAGGAGCGAGAGGUCAAGGCCUGCAAGGACCGCGAAGGGCUGGCGUCUAGGCAAGCGGAGAUUCUUGAACAGAGUUUCAAGCAAUUCAAGGCCGACACCGAAACUCGUGUCUCGAAUGUUCAGAAGGAGAUCUCCCAGCUCGAGGCUAAGCGAGACCGAGACCGGCAGGCGCUUGCCAAGAUGGACGUGGUGUCAGACCAAAUGCGACAAGAGUUCGAGCGUCGUGAGAAGAUACAGGAGACGAUGUUAGCGAAGUGGUCUGAGCUGCAGGACGCCUGGAACCAGGAGAUGAAUAAAAUCAAGGAGGAGACGAACACGGAGAACGAAAAGACGCGGAAGCUCAGUACGGAGAUGGAUCAGGUGGUCAAGCAGAUGCGAUACGUGAUGUCGCUGAAGAACAACACCAACCUGGACGAAUCGUCUUAG